CGUUGGGUUCCCGGGGUGGGGAUCAUUCCCGGGGUGCGGGUCAUUCCCAGGCAGUGAGUUAUUCCCGGGCAGUGGGUUCCCGGGGUGCGGGUCAUUCCCGGCCGGUGAAUUCCCGGGGUGCGGGUCAUUCCCGGCCUGGGAGUCACUCCCAAGGCCGCCUGUGGCUUGCAGAGCUCCCGUCCGUGGGGCCGGGCAGGCGCGUCCCCCCCGAUGCGGGCAGGAGCCGGCGCUGGGCCAUGAGCAACGCCACGGCCCCCACGGCCCCGGGCGCGGCGGGGGACUCGCUGGUGGGCUCCGUGCUGGGGCCCUUCCUCCUCCUCACCCUCCUCGGCGCCCUCCUGGCCGCGGUGAUGUACGUGAAGAAGAAGCGCAGGUCCGACCGGCUGCGGCACCGGCUGCUGCCCAUGUACAGCUACGACCCGGCUGAGGAGCCGCCUGAGUCGGAGCAGGAGCUGCUGGUGGAGGCUGAGGAGGCUCAGGUGGUGCCCGGCUGGGGGGGACCCUCGCCCCCUUGGCCCCCGCGCAGGGACUGGAGGGCCUGACCCUGCCUGGAGCACCGGGACCGGAUCCUGCCCGCGGGAGGGAAGGGAGCACAGGAGCAGCACUGGUUCCAUCACCCAGAACGGGCAGGACGUGCCCACACUGGUGCCACGAUGCCACAGCCACUGCCCCCACUUCUGAGCACUGACCAGGAUGGGACAUCUCCUACCUCAGUGCCUCUUUUUGCCAUUUCUGGGUUUUUUUUUUUUUUGCUUGAACUGCUCCAGCAGCCUCUUGGAAAGCCCAGGAGAGCACACUGGGGCUGGCACACUGGCAGGGAGCAGCAGGUUCUGCUGGCACGGGAUGCCUGGGGGAAGAUGGGGUAAAUAAACGUGUCUCAGCCUUGGU